AUGAUACUUUGGCAAAGUUCGUUGACCUAAAAUGAUGUUCCCUCUAUUAAAAUAAAAAAAAUUGGCCCUAAUCGUGCGAUAGCCACUCGUUUCCACUCCAAAAAUGCUGUGUGUGAAAGCCGCAGUCCGCACCAACGCCCUCGCCUCCGCUCUCCGCUCCCCGCAGCCUCUCCGCCGCUUUCCUUCCUCCGUCAGAAUGUCUUCAUCCGCCCCUAGCCAGAUCAUCGAGCACGUGGUCCUACUGAAAGCGAAGCCCUCCGCCGACCCGUCCGCCGUCGCCGACAUGCUCCGCAGCCUCAACGGCCUCGCAACCCUCGAUUCCGUCCUCCACAUCUCCGCCGGCCCCGUCGCCCGCUGCCGAUCCACCGCCCUCACCUUCACCCACCUCCUCCACUCCCGCUACAGAUCCAAAUCGGAUCUGGCGUCCUACACCGACGACCCCGCGCACGUCAGCGUCGUCGCCGAUUACGUCAAGCCAGUCGUCGACGACGUCAUGGCCGUCGAUUGGGUGGCUGAUGACUUCGCCGGGGCGGUGGCGGUCCCUCCGGGGGAGUCGCUGCGGCUGACGGUGAUGAAGCUGAGGGAGGAGGGGGUCGGGAAGGGUGAGAUUUUGGGGAUUGUGAGGGGGAUGAAGGGGAAAUUCGAUUCGAUUGAGCAGCUGACGGUUGGGGAGAAUUUCUCCCCCGGGAGGAGCAAGGGCUUCUCGAUCGCGUCGAUAGCGGUGGUGAAGGACCUUGCAUCGUUGGGCGAACAAUCGAAUCUGGUGAAUGAUCAAAAGGAUAAGGCUAGGGAGUUUCUCGACGGCGUCGUGGUGCUCGAUUAUACGGUGCCGGCUUCUGUUCCGGCUAGCCUUUGAUUUAAGCUUUUUCUUCCAGUUUUUAUUUUGUAGUAACAAACAAUGGUUAUUGUUUUGUUUUGUAUUGUUCAUCUAAAUAAAUGGGAAGAAUGAUUUUAUGAUUGGAGUA